UAGAUCCAAAAACCCCUCGUCACAUUUACGGUUUACCCCCCAAACAAAAAAAAGCCGGCAAAGCUGCCAACCUCAUCCUUUCUCAAGUAACAUUGACAAAUCUGAGAGAAAAAAUAGGAGAGAGAAAAUGGGGGCAGUGACGGCGGCAAUAAUAGCGGUAGCGGGUUUAGGAGUUGCUUGGAUAACAAUCGAGAUGGCGUGCAAACCUUGCCUCGAAAAAGGCCGCGAAGCAAUUGAUCGUAGUCUUAACCCUGAUUAUGAUCCUGAUGAUCACGACAACAUCCGCGCUCCUCUCAACCCGACCGUUGAUUCUUCCUCCGAUCAACCUUCUCAGUCCGUCUGAUUUGAUAUCUUUAUUAUCCUCUUUUUGUUUUAUCUGAUCUGAGCUAACAUUGUGGCUUUUAUUUUUCUGUUUUAUGUGUGGUUGUAAUUGAGGACUUGAAUAUAUUUGUCAAAAGUUUUGUGAGAUUUAUAUACUUCAUUAUGGAUUUCGGAUGAA